AUUAAAACAACGAUGUUACCUGGAGAUCGUCGUUCGUUUUAACCGUGAUAUCCCUACUCUGGUAACAUCUAGCAGAGUACCAGAAGUACAGACGCAGUUAGAUACCUACCAGUUGGUUUCUACACACGAGAGCCUCGACAGUUGUCGCUCGGCAACUCUUGCGUUCGCUUUGAACAGUCGGCUGUCAGUCGAAAUCCUCGUCCAAUCGUUGAAAAUCUCACAGAAAACUUUCUUCGGCCGGAUUGACACCAUCUUCAGGAUGGCAAAUUUGAAACAGGCUCUGGGCGCGAGUGAACUUACCGAUAAAAAGGCCGGCCUUUACCGCGCGCUAGUUGCGGAAUUUCUUGGCACUUUGUUAUUGAAUUUCUUCGGUUGUGGAUCCGUCAUCACGGGGAACGUCGUGGCAAUAAGCUUAGCGUUCGGUCUGGCCGUGGCCACAGCGAUUCAAGGAGUGGGACACGUUUCCGGUGGUCAUGUUAAUCCUGCUGUCACAUUCGGUUUAAUGGUUAUUGGCAAGGUGCCAGUUAUUAGAGGCUUAUUGUAUGUAAUACUUCAAUGCAUAGGUGCAAUAGCGGGAUCUGGUAUAUUAAGAGCAUUAUCUCCUGAAAGGAUGGAACAUGCUCUAGGCGUAGUAUCUCUCUCACCAGGCGUUACCCCUGUCCAAGGUUUCGGUAUAGAAUUUUUCCUUGCCUUCGUGUUGGUACUGGUCGUGUGCGGUGCAUGUGACGCGGCAAAGCCGGACAGCAAGGGAAUAGCUCCUCUUAUAAUUGGACUUUCAGUUUCCGUUGGCCAUAUUAUCGGCGUGCCAAGAACUGGUGCAGGUAUGAAUCCAGCCAGAUCAUUUGGCAGCGCUGUUGUAAUGGGUUCAUUCGCCGAUCACUGGUUAUAUUGGAUCGGACCAAUCCUUGGUGGAAUGGCAGCUGGAUUGAUCUAUGCGUUUGUAAUCGGUCCUGCGAAAGAACCUGAAAAUUCCAAUACAGCGUAUACCGUUGCCGCAACAGAUGAGAAGGAGAAGUUCGAGUACAUAGACAGUGGACGCGGUGGACUUUAAAAAACAUCGACGCAAAUAAAGAAUUCGAAGACGGAAAUAUGAUUUCUUUCUUUUUUUUUUUUUACAUCAUAUGAUAAAUUUCAUAUGAAAUCGAAAAUAUUCGAAGUAUUAUUUUUACAGCUACAGAGCCUUACCAGUAAGAAGAAAGACAAUCCUGCUUGAUGUUCUAACUACUGCUAACCAUCGCAUUUCCAACUGUUUCGAUCAUUAUCUAUGUAAUGAUUUAUAUGCCUAAAAUAAGUGAGUUUUAUGUUAUUUAAUCGUCGCGUCUUUAUUGAGCAAAACUAUUUAAAUAUUUUCCAACGAAGAAAGUAAUAUUGACAUAAUUAUAUACAAAAUAAUUAUAUAUCUGAUGACAUCAUUGAAUGUACAGAUAUAUAUAUAUAUAUAUAUAUAUAUCGUUUAUAUAAAUAUAUAUAUUUACUUUACCUGUAAUUUCAAGUUGUUCCUUUAUAUCGGAUUUGAGUAAUGAUUAUUGCAAACCAAAGAUCGAUUCUGCCGAACAAAAAUUUUAUAUAGUGUCGACAUCUUCCGUCAUUUCCAAGAUAUAACCUAUUUAUUGUUACAAACUACUCGCAAAAUAUUUAUGAACUAUCGGUAAAUGAUUAAAAUGAAAACUCUUGUCAUUUCAAAUGAUACAAUUAAUUAAAUGUAAUUUUUUUAUAUUGUAUUAAAAUAUUUACUAUGUUUUGAUAUAAAAAAUCGUAUAAAAUCGUAACAAAUGCCAAUCGAUUAAUCUAUAUUAAUUUACGAUAUUUUAUAUUUAUUCGAUAUUAUAUUUUAAGUUAUAAUUAUACAAUUAUUGUAACGUAUAAUCAGAAUAUAACAUGCAAUAUUUAAUUUAUAAAUUCUAAUGAUAAUGUAUUUUCAUUAUUUAAUCAAUAUUUAUACAUUCUUAUUAUCAAUAACCAUUCAAUGUCAUUCGCUCCUACAUUUUAUAUUUAAAAAUUCAAAAUUUAUAUUGUUUUUUUUUAUAGAUUGUAUAUUAAAAUACAAUUAAAAUAAUAUAUGUAAUCAUGUAAUAAAAUGUAAUAGCAAAAUAUACAGCUAAGUUUAUAUAUGUGCUAUAAUCUAAAAUUGUAACAAAUAAAACAUAAAUGUUUUGUACGAAA